AGAGAGGGCGCCUGUUCACUGCGGUCCAUCCAAUGGUGAGGAGCUGAUUGAGUCGCUAUGGUGACGAGAUUGUUUCGACAGAGGCUGUGAUGGGUUGACAGGUGCGUGACAGUCGCGUCUGUGCAAGCAUGUACGCCAAAGGCAAGAACAGCGUGCCAUCGGAUAGCCAAGCCCGAGAAAAGUUAGCUCUGUAUGUGUACGAAUAUCUGCUACAUGUAGGAGCUCAGAAAUCAGCACAGACCUUCCUGUCAGAGAUCCGAUGGGAGAAGAACAUAACAUUAGGAGAGCCGCCUGGGUUCUUACACUCAUGGUGGUGUGUUUUCUGGGACCUCUACUGUGCUGCUCCUGAGAGGAGAGAAACAAGUGAGCACUCAAGUGAAGCCAAAGCUUUUCAUGACUAUAGUGCAGCAGCGACACAGAGUCCAGUGCUUGGAAGUCCUCCUGGAGACGGUAUGCCUUUGCCCCCGGGAUUUUUUCAGCAGUUUAUGUCUCCUCGAUACCCAGGUGGGCCCAGAGGUUCUCUCAGAAUACCCAGUCAGGCUUUGGGCCCUGGGAACCAGCCUCUAUUACCCAGUGGGAUGGAUCCUACAAGACAGCCAGGCCAUCCUAACAUGAGUGGGCCCAUGCAGAGGAUGGCCCCUCGAGGAAUGGUUCCUAUUGGACCACAGAACUAUGGUGGUGGGAUGAGACCUCCCCUAAAUGCCCUUGUGGGACUUGGGAUGCCUGGGAUUAACAUGGGUCCUGCAGGAGGAAGACCAUGGCCAAAUCCACCAAAUAACAAUUCGAUCCCUUAUUCAUCCGCAUCUCCAGGCAGUUAUUCGGGUCCCCCAGCAGGAGGUGGCCCUCCAGGAACACCCAUCAUGCCCAGUCCCGCAGAGUCAAACAACUCAAGUGACAACAUGUACAGCAUGAUCAACUCAGUCCCUCCAAAUGGAAACAGACCAAAUUUUCCAUUAGGUUCAGGUUCUGAUGGCCCAAUAGGCAGCAUGGCAGGCAUGGAGCCUCAUCAUAUGAAUGCAGGAUCUGGUGACAUUGAAAGCCUCCCAAAGAGCUCACCAGGAAACCUCAGCAUGAAUAAUCAGCCUGGCACACCAAGAGAUGAUGGAGAAAUGAGUGGCAACUUCCUCAACCCAUUUCAGAGUGAAAGUUAUUCUCCAAACAUGACAAUGAGCGUGUGAAAGGACAGCACAGGAGUUAUGUUUUCACCGUGUUCAGCAAAAAAAACAGGAUCUUCUCAAAACCGGCUCUUUGGUUUUCUACUCGUUUUGUCUUUGGUGAACUAUUAUGAAUUACAGUAACGUCAUCCUACACUAAAUCUGAAUAAACUUAAGCAAGCCAUGAAAGGAAGCUGAAGACACCUAGAAGCUUUUCACAGGGCUCAAUCCAUUUUUUAAUUAUUGAAUCUUUCCACAAGUUUUUGUAUGUACCUUUUUUAUGUAAUUUUUUUUUCUGUGGUAUGCAGCAUAGCUGAUACCAAAAAACAGCAGUUCCUUAAAUGUAAUAAAUAAAAUAAAUAAAAUUCUCCACUUUUAGAUGCAGCAUAAUUCACACAAUUACACCCCGUUAUGAUUGAACAGCAGAAAAAAUAAUUUUGUUGUUGUCGAGUGAGCUAAAUAUGACAUUUCAAGGCCUUCAUCAUAUUGCGUUGUUUUCAAACUAAGUUAAGCAAGGAUUUGAUCAGAUGACGAUCACUGACAAAAUCACCCUUUAUCAAACACAUUGUUUAGGCGAACCAAAGGUUGGCUUAAUUUCAUUUUUGCUCCGGAAUAAGACAAAUGUACAGUAUAUCCCUUAAUGUAAUGGACUGACCUGAAUUUUUUCAAGAUUUCUUGUCAUGUUGGAUUUGUUCUUGUAAAUACAGCUAUCUGUAAAGAAUCUGGAUAUGCCGAUAUAAAAAUCAU